AAAAAGGUAUUGGCUAACCCAUUCUCAACAGGUCUCAUAAGCUUUGUACCUUCAUUUCUUGUUCAUAUUCGUCUGGCACGAUUUGAACAACUCUAUCACCACUCCUUCCAACUGUCGAACAGCCUACGCAUACAACUUUACGAACCACAAUGUUCUCCAAGUCGAUCCUCGCCGUAGCUGCCUUGCUCGGCAUUUCCGCCGUCAACGGACACAUGAUCAUGUCUCAGCCCGUUCCCUACGGCAAGGAUACCUUGAACAACUCGCCCCUCGCGGCUGAUGGUAGUGAUUUCCCUUGCAAGCUGCGUUCCAACACCUAUGAAGUUACCGAGUGGAACACGGCCGCAAUUGGCCAGAGCAUGCCCUUGUCCUUCCAGGGUAGUGCCACCCACGGUGGAGGUUCCUGUCAGAUUAGUUUGACCACAGAUCUGGAGCCAACCAAAGACUCCGAGUGGAUGGUUAUCAAGUCCUUCGAGGGUGGUUGUCCAGCCAAUGUUGCUGGCAACUUGGCGGCCAACCCUGGUGGUGCGGAUCCUUACACCUUCAGCUAUACCAUCCCGGAGGGUAUCACCCCUGGAAAAUACACCCUGGCCUGGACCUGGUUCAACCGUAUCGGCAACCGCGAAAUGUAUAUGAACUGCGCCCCUCUGGAAGUGACUGGCGGCACCAAGCGCUCUAGGGUGAUGAAGAAAGUGGAGCCUCGCUCAUCACACUUCCCUCCCAUGUUUGUCGCCAAUGUCAACGGCUGCACAACUAAGGAAGGCGUGGACAUUCGCUUCCCUCAGCCUGGUGACAACGUCCAGUACCUUGGCGAGGCCAGCAACUUGGCACCCGAAGGCAGCGCCGCCUGCUCGGGAAUUGCUACCUUUGGUGGUGCUGGUGAUUCUGGAUCUGGUUCAAGCUCUGGAUCCAGCUCUAACAUCGGGUCGGAUUCUGCGUCGAGUGCAGCUGCUGCCGUUACUAGUGCUAUUGUCGCCAAUGCCAACGCGGGCACCGGAUCUUACAAGACCUCGACCACCGCAGCCGCUGUGAGCACGGCUUAUGCAGCGCCUCCAACAGCGAGUUCCGCUUCUGCUGGCUCUUCCUCUAGCUCUUCUUCUGGUUCGUCCUCCGGUUCGUCCUCCGGUUCGUCCUCUGGAUCUUCUUCGUCUGGCUCCAGCAGCAGUGGCUCCUCGAGCUCCGGUGGCCUCACUGGUACUUGCAGCGAGGACGGCCAAUGGAACUGCGUCAACGGCUCUGCCUUCCAGCGCUGUGCCAAUGGCAAGUGGACUUCUGCUCAGCCGAUGGCGAGCGGCACCCAGUGCACCCCGGGACAGAGCGCCAACCUUUCCAUCGCAGCCGCCAAGUCCAAGCGCGAUGGGACUGAGAUGCGCGCUAGACGCCGUGCUCACGCUGGCCACUAGCACGCUUGAUCAUUCAAACAACACGACCAUUCCAUAACGAAUUUGAUGAUAACUUCUAAGCAUUCCUUCCCUUCCACGAUACGAAUGCGUGUGUGAAAGGCCCCUAGGGGUCUCCGCUCUUUUUGUACAUUCAUGAUCUUAAAAAGAAACAGCACAUCGAUAUAAGAAUAUACUGCUGGCCAGUAUCAAUGGAUUUCUUUUUUUUGCUCUUGGCAUUACUUCUGAUCAAUGGAACAUAUCGUAGUAUCUUUCUCAGUAGCAUUGGUAGACGACCGCGUAAAUCAUGAUAAACCAAACGGAGAGCUAGGCGUUGGGUUUGGAUCAGCCAAGUCCAGAUCCAUUUGUAUAGAUCGCUUUUUGGGGAUUUAGUCUGCGUCAGUAUGUAUCGUUAACCUGUUCGCAGUCCUUGAAGUAUGGCAACGACCUCUAUAACCAUGAGUUAACA